CGCAAGAUGAAGGAAGUCUUGCUGCUGUCCGCAUUUCUUUCUUCUCUGCACAGCCUCUGCGCAGUGGAUUGCAGUUGGAGUAGUUGGAGUUCAUGUAGUGUUGAAUGUGGAAAUGGCACCAGAACUCGGAAGAUUAGUCAAGCAGCUACAAUGAGUGGUCAGAUGUGUACAGGACCAUCAACUGAGAUCUGCAUAGUCACAUCGUGUAUGGCAACCAAUCUAGGUACAUCUCUUGGAGCAACAGUGAUCAUGAGUUCAGUCUUCAGUUCUGUGUUUGCUGCUGCAAAGUCUAUAGAUGGCAAUCCAAAAGAUGUAACUGGACAGAAACUUGUUCACGCUAAUUGUGCUUCCACAAAAUUUACCUUGAAUCCUUGGCUUCGAGUUGACUUGCAGAAGGAAUAUCUUAUGUCACGUGUUAGAGCUAUCUUUUAUGCUGAUAAAGGUGCAAAUGUGUAUGUCUGUGUUGGUAACAGCUUAACAAACGAUGGGAAUGACAACAACAAUUGUGGAAAGGCUCCAUAUGACAACUCUAAUCAUUUGGAUGCAAUAUGGCGAGAUGUUAGUUGCAGGCCACCAAUUUGGGGAAGAUACAUUAAUUUACAGAGAAUAGUGACAAAGAACAUUAUUCAAGUAUGUGAGGUGGCUUUCAACUAUGAGUUGGAGAUUGCUAUUCUAGUCAAUAAUAUGAAUAUUGAAGGAACAAGUGUGGCAGUUGAUGAGAAUCAAGAUUACUCUAAUCCUAUUGAUUGUGGUGUCAGUCCUGAUGUGACCAACUUUAAUGCUCUCUUGCAAUGGAAACACAACACAACCAAUGAUGUACCUGCAUCUCCAAGUGUACAGAAUACUGGUGUAUAUCAGAUGUAUGAGAAUGGUGUGCAGCGGCUCUACAUCAAGUCAGCUAGUGCCUCUUCCAAUGGUCUAUACACAUGCCAAUAUACUGCAACUGAUGGUUUGAUAACGGCAAAGUCAUUUACACUAAACGUCAAUGUAAACUGUGAAUGGAGCUCAUGGUCUGAUUGUACAUCAUCGUGUAAAAGUUUUGGAACUCACACUCGUACACGAGCACGUCUUAAGCAACACAAUGGAAUGGACUGUGUGGGGUUGCCAACUGAGAACUGUGACAGCAAACAACCACCAUGUGCACCAACAGCUGGGCAGUCACCAGAAGUUUCUUUUGAUGAGUCUUCAAUGCAAGAGUUGAGUUGCACAGCUUCACAGUAUUCUGGUCUGAGUGGAGACAUUACAUUUGGAUGGUACAGAGAAGAGAAUGGAGUUGAUUCAGCUAUUGUAUUAGACUCUCGAGUGACAAAUUCAUCUGAAGAUGAUGAAAUGGGAAAUUUUACUGGGCACUUGAAAUUUGCAUCUGUGAAGCGUUCAGAUAGAGGAUUAAUCAAGUGCAGGGCUUUUAACAAGUAUGGUGCUAGCGAUAUGUCUUUAGCUACAUCAGUUGAUAUCAAAUAUGCUCCCGAAUUUGUUAAAAUUGCAGUGGGUGUGAAAGGACAAAGUAUCACAUUAAACUGUUCUGCUGUUGGUAAUCCCUCUCCAGCUUAUGAAUGGAGAGGAGGCAAGAGUGCAACAGGAUCUACUCUGGAAUUAACAUCACUUGAAUUUAAGGAUGAAGGGACAUACACAUGUGUUGCUAGUAACACUAUUGAGGCUGGUGCUAAGUCCACUAAUAAUUCAGUACAGUUGAAAAUUGAAGAGAAUGAGUCAUCGUCUGGAGAAUCAUCAAAUUCUGUAAUCUUAAGCUUGGGAGUGAUGAUAGCAGUCGCUGUAGCAGUAAUUGUCAUCAUUCUUGUGCUAGUCAUCAUUGUUUUUGUUCUUCUGAGGAGAAAUUACAGGAAUACUGUUAAACAAAGAGGAAAGAAGAUAUCAGAGCUUGCAAAAUGUGAUUGUUCUACUACUAAUGCUAAAGCAAGUUCUGGGACAGAGGAAUGUGUGGAGAGAAGCAAUGAUAUGACAACCAACUGUUCUUAUGCUACUGCAAAUACAGUCACCAGUGAAUAUGAAGAGGUUGAAACCGAACCCGUUGUAGUUCAGCAAGACAGGGAGAAUGAGGAAGUCUAUGAAAAUAUGGAUGGUUAAUCAGCAUUUUAAAAUUAAUUCAAUGUAACAAAGAGUAAAAACUAAUUGAUAAUGAUUUGUGACUUAUAAAGGUUUAGAAUGCAUUUGUUAGCAGUAGGUAUAGGUUUAGACUGUAGUGGUUUGAAUUUUUGUCUCUAGUUUUGAUAUGACUGGCUUGUUUGUAGCUGGUAAGGUAAACUUGAAGUGAGAACUCAAAACAGUGAUGUGUCUGUUUAAGUAAGAGUUAGACUGUUGAUAUCUACUUGUACAACAAGCACUGAACAGCU